AUGUUUCCCCUCUCGCUCAACACCAAGCAUCCAACACGGCAAAGAGGUGGAUCUCUUGCCAUGGACAUUGUAAGCCCUUGUGCCACCAAGGUUAUAACUAUGCGCUUAGUCAACGGCCCCAAAAUCAACCUCCCCAGCACAGUUGGCUUGGUGUUCCAAACCCAACAACCACGACUUCGGCACGCAGGGAACGAGAGAACAAUUCCCAAAAGCUUUCGGCCGUUGUCGGGAGACGCAAUCGGAGAAUGCACCCAGAUAUUACUUUGCGCCUGCCUGAAACGCUCCCUCAAGCGCAAUACCCAAGAUAGUUACGUCAAUCCACAUGAAACUCUUGUGAUGGCCACCUUUCCCGCUGGUCUGGAGACCCCGCUUCUCAAGGUCAGCCGCCCUGUCGCAGCAUGCUCGAGGUGCCGCGCCGCUAAAGUAAAAUGCGAUGGCAAACUCCCUGCCUGCUCUGCUUGCGAACGGGCGGGGAAAGCGUCUAGCUGCCCGGGCGCUACAGAUGACUCAGUUAACGCGACAUCGAGAGAUUUCUAUGGCAUCACAUCCUCAACAUCCUUUGCUAGGCUACUGGUAGCAGUGGCUGUAUCGAAGCCAUUACAGAAUGCAGGGGUAAACAGAGGCCUUCCAGCCCGCCCCGUAUCUUCUACGCUUAUUCAGCAUUACUUCGACAAUAUCUAUGUCCUGGCCCCCUUUUUUAUACAGACCAACUUUUGGGCAUCGUUCGAUGCCAUCUAUCAAGAAGGAGGACGUUUCGCCAAGAGUUUUGAUUAUUGGAUUGUACACAUGGUUUUAGCAAUCUCUCAGGCUCUAACCUCUCAUUCUCAAAUUGCUAGGCAUCAUGUUUCGAUGGCGCUCGAAUACGCCGAUGAUGUUCUUCAUCCCGGGUCGAUUGCUGGCAUCCAGGCCAUUUUAUUAUUGGCGCAGUAUUCAAUGCUUGACCCUGAACACUUCAGAACUUGGCACUUAAUUGGCAGUGCUGCUAGAGUCGUCUCUGAUCUGGGUAUUCACCAGGAGCAACUGUCUGAGCCGUACCUCAAUAAAACAAACCUAGAUCUUCGAAGGAAGGUUUUCCAUUGCGUCUAUUCCUUUGACCGAUAUGUAAGCAUUGCAUUUGGGCGAGCAUUCUCAUUCUCCGAUGAUUCUGUGAACGUCCCUCUUCCAGGCGUGCCGCUGCAGCCCAUUGGGGAAGCAUUAAACUGGACGACCCCCCUAUUCGCCAAGGGCAUUGAACCGGCCAUCUAUUUGUUCAAAAUACGCGGAAUACAGUCAAAGGCAUAUCAAAUUAUGUUUUUCAGUGGGCGGAACCCAGCCCCAGAGCCCUCGCUGUACACAUGGGAAGUCUGUGCGGAGGCUCAAAACUGGUUCAAUGCAAUACCAAGAACUUUGCCAGGUCAUCUCAUUAUCUUCUACAACGCAGAGCUUUUCUUCACGUUUGUGAUUCUUCUCUCCCCGUCAAAUUAUAAUCCGAGCGUAAGUACACUACACCGAGUUCUAUUAUUUGAAUACGCCAUCAAGUUCAUCUCCCAAAUACACCAAAUAAUCAGCGCCGCUAGCUGGCCGCUGUUUUUCUCAUACAUCGACAUCCAACGAGUAUACACAGUAGCUAGCAAGCUCAUAGACGCUCUCGACCAAUCAUACAACGAAAUACUUCUGGACACCCUUCCUGAGCUAGCUACCCCCUUACCGCCAGGAACGCACCAACCUCCAUACGUAUCCCCAACAGAACGGAUUGAUUCCAACGGCCGGGCACUGAAAUGCCUACAAAGCAUUGGCUCAAUUUUGAAAUAUGCUCACACCAGUGAAUAUGAGAGAUCUGCUGGAUGA